AUGUCUGUACGUCGUACUAGGUCAAUAAACCCAGAUAAUUUAUUGAGAUAUUACAAUAUCAUGUUUGACGGGAUUUUCGCAGGGCACGCGUCCGGUGGUUUCAACGAGGAGGUCAUAUGGAUCAGCAUCAGCAUGAGUAUUGCCAUCGUCAUACUGAUAACGAUAGCUCUGUGCUAUUUGGCUCGGCAGCGGUGCAAAAAGAGACAGGAGAUAAGCGUACGCACUUAACAUGGACAAUAUGUAAACACAUACAUCAUACACAUACCUAAGCAUACCUACUACGACCACCUAAAUACGAGUUCGUCGCUCGCGGACUGCGUACACUGAGUUUAUGUUAUUUGGACCACCCCACUCGCGUUGUCAUAACUAAAUUAUUAUUAUUAUUAGUAGUAGUAUAUUAUUAUUGUCAUUAUUAUAA